AUAUUAUUAGUAUUAUUAUUAUUAUAUAAUUGACAUAAAGAAAGAAAGAUAGAGAGUCAUAGCCAUAACCAUAGCCACCUUCAAGCAACCAAAUUCCACAACAAACCAACAAUUUCCCACCUUUCUCUUCCAUCUCUUCUAUUGCUUCCAUAAAGGCUUGUGAUAGCAGAUUGGAAAAAAAGGAGUGAAAGUAUCAAUGAGAGUUUCGAUUAAGUAACAAAAACGAGCUAGCGGAAAAUGGGAGGUUGCUGUUGUUCUGCCAGAAAACAUCACUUGCAAGGAACACCAGUUUAUUACUAUUGUCCGCCAACUUUUGAAGAACGCGGAUCUUCAACCUCUAAUGAUGGUACCACUGCUUCGCUCUCUGCUGGAUUUCUGGUUGGAUUAAACUUUGAAGCGGCUAUACCUGAUACAUUCCGGUCUCCUCCUGUGCCUCUUCCUUAUGACAUUGUCUUCGGAGGUUCCGCGUCAACAGACUCUGAGUCUGGCAGAGAAACCGUUAGUAUGAGUAGUUUUGAAACUUCUAUUGCACGCGAUGAUGAUAUUGAAGAAUCAGAUUGUAAAGAUCAAACCAAAUGUACACCUCUAUCUCCAAAGAAGAAAGAACUAUCAAAAUCAAAUGGAACACAAGUAUUGGCGACAGAAGAAGAGGAUGUCUGCCCAAUUUGUCUCGAAGAAUAUGACGACGAGAAUCCUAAAAAUCUGACAAAAUGUGAACAUCAUUUUCACCUAUCUUGCAUUCUUGAAUGGAUGGAAAGAAGUGACUCCUGUCCUAAUUGCGACCAGGAGAUGAUAUUUUGACCAGACAAUGAAUUAGUUUGAUUGUAUUAAAGUGAAAGUUUGCUAGAUUUAUAUAUGAAAGAUAGAUGAAGAAGUUCAAUGUAUGAUAACUGGUAAGAUGAUGGUAGCUGCAGAUUCAUUUUCCCUUUUUCCUUGUUUUGAUUUGUUGCUUUCAUUUUUUUUAUUACAUUUAUUUCUCUUUCUAUGCUGUUUUCUUUUCUUUUUUUGUUUAGGGGGUAGGGGCAUAUUGGACUUGUAAAUAGUGUCAACUUUAAUAUAUUGUAUACUUUGUUUUUUUA